CGCGAAGCUGACGUCAUCGCUGUGCGCUGCCACGUCUGCUCAGCUCCGCGGUAAUGGAGGCUGAGGAUGGUUGCUGACGGGGCCGGGCUCUACUUCUGGCUUUAGCUCUGGCUCUGACUCUGGCAUUGACUCGGAGUCUGGGUCUGGCAGCCCGAAGCCUGGACACCCUUCUUCGACUCUCCUGGAGCGGACGGCCUGCAAACAAGCAGCUGGUUUGGAGCUCCUCUACGUGGGCAGGGUGUUCUCUUGCUUGGGGUCUAGCCUGCAAAGCAGCCGCCUCUUCCCAGGGAUCCCGCCCCACUGGCUGGGCCUUCUUCAUGCUGUUGAAACAGGCUGACAACCAUUAACCUGGGUUGCAACUACAGGUGGCACUGGAAGCAGACUGGUUCCCGGACAUGCCCGGUGGAAGGAGGGGCCCUAGUCGGCAGCAGCUAAGCCGUUCAGCUUUACCUUCUUUACAGACUUUGGUUGGUGGGGGCUGUGGCAAUGGAACAGGCCUAAGAAACAGGAAUGGUAGUGCUAUUGGCCUUCCGGUUCCACCUAUCACAGCCUUAAUCACACCAGGUCCUGUUCGUCAUUGCCAAAUUCCUGAUUUGCCUGUGGAUGGGAGCCUGCUCUUUGAAUUUCUCUUUUUCAUCUACUUGCUGGUUGCUCUGUUCAUUCAGUACAUCAACAUCUAUAAAACAGUGUGGUGGUAUCCUUAUAAUCAUCCUGCCUCUUGUACUUCACUGAAUUUUCAUCUCAUUGAUUACCACCUGGCAGCAUUCAUCACAGUGAUGCUUGCAAGGAGGCUUGUAUGGGCCCUCAUCUCAGAGGCCACUAAGGCGGGUGCAGCAUCAAUGAUUCACUACAUGGUUCUGAUAUCAGCUCGCUUGGUGCUACUUACUUUGUGUGGAUGGGUACUUUGUUGGACCCUCGUCAAUCUCUUUCGAAGCCAUUCAGUCCUCAAUCUCCUUUUCCUUGGCUACCCGUUUGGUGUUUAUGUUCCUCUCUGCUGUUUCCACCAAGAUAGUAGAGCUCAUCUUCUUCUAACAGACUAUAACUAUGUGGUUCAGCACCAGGCGGUAGAGGAAAGUGCCUCGACUGUGGGUGGCUUGGCCAAAUCCAAAGACUUCCUCUCCUUACUGCUGGAGUCUCUAAAAGAACAGUUUAAUAAUGCCACACCCAUCCCCACCCACAGCUGCCCCCUGUCUCCAGACCUCAUUCGAAAUGAAGUAGAAUGUCUGAAAGCAGAUUUCAACCAUAGAAUCAAGGAAGUUCUCUUCAACUCCCUCUUCAGUGCCUACUAUGUUGCAUUUCUCCCCCUGUGUUUUGUCAAGAGUACCCAGUACUAUGACAUGCGAUGGUCAUGUGAGCAUCUCAUUAUGGUGUGGAUCAAUGCCUUUGUCAUGCUCACCACACAACUGCUGCCAUCCAAAUACUGUGAUUUGCUACAUAAAUCAGCUGCUCACCUGGGCAAGUGGCAGAAGCUUGAACAUGGGUCCUACAGCAACGCUCCACAGCAUAUAGUGCUCCCUUCAAUUAUCUGCCUUGAUGUCUGAUACAGAUUAGCACAGGCCUUCAAGUCCAGGAACUGAGAGAUUGGGCCAGGCUGAAAAGAAACCCGACUGUGGGCAAAGGACAAAUUUCAAUAAAAAUUGAAAAUACAAUCCACAGUACUAGUACUGUACAUCUUCAGGCUCCUGAUGGCACAUGGCCAUGAGGUGUAUCAUCACUUUAAUGCUGGUAAGUGUGAGCAAGGCCGACGGAACAUUUUCUGAACUGGAAAGCUUCAGGGUGCUAGAAGUUUUUUUUCUUUAACAUAUCUAAAAUGCUGUCCCAGUUCUUACCCUAGGAAACUAACCUUUCGAAAAUCAAGAUGAGAUGAAUUAACUUAGAUUUUUUUAAAAAGCUUAACCUGAAGAUCCCCAUCCCCACCCCAACUCCAUUACAUUGGUGCUGGAAAGAAUGAAGCUUCUUCCGUAACUUCUUUUUCCUAGAGAAACCUCUGUAAAAAUAAACCAAGAAAGCGGUAAAAAGAGAAGUCUGUGUGUCGGUACUUGUGUGUCUCUGUGUUCUUCUGUUUAGCUUCUCAUAUAUAUGAAGCAUUUGAAUUGUGUAAUAAACAGAUUUUCUGUAGCUUUUGGGGAUGUAAUUCUGAUGUCAUGCUAGUUUGAUAAUGUGAUAAUUUCUCUGCUAUUAUUGCCAUCCACUUUUUCUUCUUGUUUGUUCCCUCUAGCAUUUCCACCAAUAGACUCUGCUCACUUGGGAUUGAGGUGACAGUUCACCUGCUUAUACCUGAUUUUCUGGCUCAUAGAUGCCUUACUUACACAUAUAUUUCUGCUCAUUCUCCUAAGCCUCUUAAGUUCUUUGACACCAGUUAACUUUUCAGUUUCUUUCUCCUAUAGAGCAAUGCACUUAUAAUAAAUCCUUCCUAACUUCUUCCAUUUAACCUUGGAAUUACUGUAUUUUCAGAAUUCAGGCAGAUGAAGCCUUGAAUACUUAAUCCUUUCCAUAGAAAUAUAACUGGCUUUGCCAGACGCUAUCUUAUUGUAAUUGUCAGCACGCUAACAUUGAAUUUCUUUCUCCUUUAGUUGGUCAGAAAAUACAAUAUGGCCUCAAGGGGUGCUGGUGCGACACAGCAGAUGCUUAUAUAGAGCCAUGGGGCCUUACAACGUGGCGGUGCC